AUUAUUUGAUAUAGCCUUGGGGGAACUAUGAACAUUUUUGCCAGAAAUAUGAUUUAACAAAAAUUGUUGUUGAGACGAUGCGUUCUGUUUUUUUCUAGAGUUCAAUAUUUUAAUUUAUUUUCUACUAGAAUAACAAGGUGAUAAUUAUUGUACCACGGCAUGUUUUCUGUGUAGAAAUCCUCUGUGUCCUUUUCUGAUUGCGGCAGACAAACUGGGAAGCCUGUGUGGUGGAGAAAGAUUACACCCCAACUGUCUUAGAAGAGAUUCACCAAUGCUUGUAUAUAUGUAUACAAAUACACCACUUUUCGUCUGCAGAGAUUUGUCUUCCCUAUCAAAUCUAAUUCUAUUCCAUAACUAAAAAUUAAACAUACCCGCAAACUUAAGCCUGAACUUAAUUAAUCAACAUUCUAAAUUUACACCUACCAUCACUCCAACACUUUAAAAAAAAAAAAAGACUUUAAUCAAAUCACCCAACCUACGAUGAUGGAAGAAUGUUCUCAUACUGACGGAGGUGAAGGUCAUGAUGAGGAUUUGCACCUAGAAACUCUUGUGCCGGGAAAUUUUGAUUCGACGAUGUUAAUGUUUCUGACAUUAUCAUCUGUUAUUUCGAUGGACAUCUCUAAGCAAUUAGAAAAGAUAAAUGAUUACAUGUUAUAAUUUGUAAAAUAAUGGCAGAAACAAGAAGUAAUCAGACACAGGAACAGUUUUCAUCAGGUUCCAGAAAGGUGGAUUCUAUCUUGAAGACGUUGUUUGCGAAAGUAUUCAUUUUGGAACAAUGGCUCAGAGAGAUAGACAGCAGUGGAGUUUUGACUUCCACUCUUUUAAAAGACCAGGACAAAACUGCAUAUGUUCAUCUCCUGAAAACAACACUGGUUGGAUUUAAGGAGAAUGUGAAGAAAAUCCCACAACCAAUUUGCUUCAGACAAGUAUCACAUCAGCAAGAGAUUAUCAUUAGAGUCAUUGGGAAAAUUAUUCAGAAGGAAGGAUGUGGGAAGAAUGUUCUCACGUUUGGAUUCAGUCCAAUGUCCGACAAUCCCACUGCAUCUAUAUUUAAUACACCAGAUCUUGAGUCACGUCAUUUUAACAGCAGUGUCAACAGACUGCUCUUUGAAGCUUGGGAAACAUUUUUGAGCAGAGUUGGUGAUGAUAUAAUGAGCUAUCUACUUGAGUACGCUUCUAUGUUUGCUUCUGUGUGCAAUCCUGCAGUAUAUGUUCAGCUUACAGGAGAGCCAUUAUAUCAGAUGUGGCCAUACUCAUGGGGUUCUAGUUUCCCUGUAAAGAUGCAAGCCUCAGUUACACUAGAUAAGGGUGUGAAAAGAAGAAAGAGGCACUCAGAAUCAUGUAAUGUAAGAUCAUUGCUGCUGCCCAGAAAAAGCCAGUGUAAUAAGCUGCCACUGACUGCAACUAGGAAGAUUUCAGAGAGUAUAUUCUCUGACAAAGGUACAAAAGAAAGAGCAGGGAAGAGAAAGCAUCAAAACACAGGACUGUCUGCACCAAAGAAAAGGCGAAAAGAUAAUGACAGUCAUGUUGAAACACAUUUGGCAGAGGCUGAAGAACUCCAAGCAGUAAGUAAAACAGCUUGCUCAUGGAGACAAGAGAAGAAAGAAGACAGGGAUGCAGAGCAAGAGGGUCCUUGUAUUUUACUUCCAGAAAGAUGCAAACCAUCAAAUAAAUUUCAUCUUUAUACCACACUGGGCAAAAAGAGGCGAAAAAGGAAGCAGCAGCCCAUGCCACACAGAGAAUGUUCUUCUGAUGUGCAAUCAUAUCUGUUUCACAAGUACAUUCCAAAACUGAAUCUCAUGUAUGGAAUGGAUAUGAGAGAGAAGUUUUCCAAAUAUUUCACAGUGAACAGCAUUGAGGUCUCAGAAGAGGGAGCCACAUUGUUGUUGCAAGAGAUCUUUGUGAAAACUGAUGUUGGCGCAACUUUGGACAGUAAGUGCCAGUGCAAGACAUUUAUUCCGAUAGCACAAAGUGCACAUCAACUGAAAGCUCAAGAUGCCCUUUUCAGUGAAAACUUGGAUUUGUCUAGAAUGCAAACUUCAGACUCAGGCACAGAUAACAGCUCUUUGCUUUCUUUGUCAGAUGUUGUGCCACCAUCACCAUUUCUUUCAGAUGUCAAGUACUACCGCUCAUCGGUUUCAUUGUAUGGUUCAUCUAUUGAUCACAGUGAAGACAUGGACUCUCCAAAAACUGGUUCUGAUAAUGGAGACAAAACUAGUCAGCAGAAUGCCUUUGAUUAUUCUGAACUAAAUAGCCUAACACCAUCCACCUCAGAAUGUCAACUUGGAGAACCUAUAAGACAGUUUAUGAAGCAUUUUCUUCAAAAUCACAGGAAGUGUCCUUAUUGGUCACUUCUGAACCAUUACUGUCCAGUCAAGUCCAAGGAGGUUAGGAAGAAACAAACACCAAAACCAACAGGUUUUCGGAAAAGAGCCAGUCAGUCUUAUCAUUCAUACAAAAAACUGAACACUGGGAGCCUGCUGGAAGAUUUUUGUGUACACCCUAAGGUGUUUGGAUUUUUGCGAGCUGUGCUGAAGAGGGUUGUCCAUGUGCAAUUAUUUGGAGGUUGCAAAAAUAUGGCUUUGUUUCUUAAAAAUGUAAUGAAGCUUGUUAGACUGGGAAAAUAUGAAAAGCUUUGUCUGGGCGAAGUCAUGAGAGGGAUUAAGGUGAAACACUGUGUAUGGCUGCUCAAUGUGAGAUGUCAUCGAGACAAGGCUCACCAUAUGGCACAAUUCCUGUGGUGGUUGCUGACAUUUUUUGUGAUGCACCUUAUCAGGACAUUUUUCUACUGCACUGACACAGCAGUGUAUAGGAAUAGAACUAUGUACUACCGUAAGACAGUCUGGCUCAAGCUCCAAACAAGAGCAAUUCAAGACUUUAGAAAGUCAACAAAUCUGCACAGAAUAACUCAGAGUAAAAAGAAUGAACUUCUUGCUUCAAGCCAAGCACUGGGUGUGUCAGUCCUUCGUUUUCUACCCAAAACAAGAUCACUCAGACCUAUUGUAAAUAUGAGCAAGAAGCCAGUUCCUGCUUUGCCAUCACAGUCCGUCAAUGUCAAGUCUACUAAUCAACAUCUGGCAAGACUCUUGCAUGUACUGGCAUGUGAAAAGUCACAUGAUUCAAGUAUCUGUGGACGUUCUGUGUCUGGGAUGGAUGACAUCUGUGUUGCACUAAAACGUUUCCUUACAAAGAGAGAGGCUGAUGGGGAUUCAAGACCCCUAUACUUUGUAAAGACAGACAUCAAAAGGUGUUUUGACUCAAUUCAGCAACCACUGUUGCAUAGUAUUGUUCACUCUAUUCUGUCUAAGGCCGGGUCUCAACUAUAUUUUGUGCAAAAGUAUAGCACCGUGAUGAUAUCUGGGGGACAGAUUAAGAGGAUGUUUUACACGGACACCACAAGGCUAGCUGACUAUGAGUGUGACAGCUACAUUUUUGCUCAAUGCAAAGCAGCUAAAAAUAACUUAAGUGAUGUCAUUUUCAUUGACCAGAUGAUAACACAGUUUGAAAAUUUUGAAACUCUGUUGAAGCUCCUAUCAUCUCACUUAUACAACAACAUUAUAAAGAUAGGAAAACAGUAUUAUAUACAACAAGGAGGUAUCAGUCAGGGCUCAGUAGUAUCCACUAUGCUGGCCAACUUGUAUCUGGCCCAUCUUGAGGCUGUCCACCUGUUUCCAGCUGCUGAUGAUGAACUUUCUGUUAGGAUGGUGGAUGACUGUCUUUUCAUCACACCAAACAAAGCAAGAGCAGAAAGAUUUCUUUCACUUAUGAUAGAAGGGUUCCCAGAUUAUAAUUGCUUUGUGAAUCUGGACAAGAUACUCACCAAUUUUCCAUUUGGUCAUCCUGCUGUUGGAUCUGUUCAAUGUAUACAUGAAGGAGAAUCAUUUCCAUGGUGUGGUCUGCUGUUAGAUUCAUCUCUACAGGUGGCUGUAGACUACAGUCGAUAUUCAGGACUUGGCAUAAGUGAUACCAUAUCUUUUGAUGGGUGUCACAAGCCAGGCGAGACAAUCAAGAAAAAAUUGAUUAUGUCAUUGACAUUUAGAUCACAUCAGAUAUUUUUUGAUCCCUUGAUUAACAGUGAAGAGAGAAUCCUUCUAAAUGCCUUCUGUACCUUUUUCUUCUUGGCCCAAAUUUUUAAUGGCCUUAUUAUGAAACUUCCACCAAAAAAAAGGACUGAGAGUAAUCCGGAUUUUUUCUUUGCCUUAGUUCAGAUGGUUCCAGAAUUUCUUAUGGUACAGAUCCAAAGAAAACUGAGAAAGGAUGAGAUGACAAAUGUAUUUCCAGUGCAGCUGUUUGUUCUCCAGUGGCUGAAUGUCUGCGCAUUUUCUAUGCAGUUGAAGCGAUAUUCUGGUUACACACAUUUAAAAAAGAAGCUGAAUAAGCAUAAGAAGGUUCUGCAGAAAAAACUGAGCAAAGAUCACCUGGAGUCACUAGAGGAAGUCUGUCAUGCAGGAGCCAGUCUCAUGUCUACUGUAACAAUGUUUUGAAGAGCAGAUUGGUUCAGCUGUAAUGUGAAUAAAUGAUUAUAUAUUCAACCAGUAGAUGGGAUAAACUGAUUAUGAAAAUAUUAGAGAAGAGCAGAGAUAUGAUAAAAUCUCAAAAUGAAAGUUGUUCCUUAGUCAGAGAAAGAUGCUCAGUGUGCUGUUUGAACAGGAUCAGUAGUCAGCAUUUGUACCUUGUGUAUUGACAUUUUGUGACAUGUGAAGAUUUUCAUAUAGCAAGGUUAAAGUGUCUAUGAACAAAACUCUUUCCAUCAUUCAUGUCAGGUGUACAUGCAUUUACUCAUGCUGAAUUUCUCUCUUUAUAUCUUCUUCAACAAACACACACUUCUGCAUUACAGUUGUUGUAAUCAGCUUGUGGUUUUCCAUGCUGUUUGCAUGAAUUUUACAGACAUGGCUCAUUACUUCUGCAUAAUCUCACUUCUGACAUUUUUUUGUUUUUCACUAUUGCUUUUUUUUAAACUAUUUAGCAGAGCAUAAUGCAAACAGCAAAAAUACUGUGACUUAUUCAUAAAUUCAUAUUUAUAUUCAAAGCUGUAUGCAGCUCUUGUCACUUCAGACAUGCCUGUAUAUAUAAACAAAAAUAUAUAAAGUUGUCUUUAGAUGUUUGUAAAAUUCAGAUUAUAAGCACUAGUGUUUUGUAGAUCCUUUACAAAAUUUCUUGCAUAUGCACAUAUUUUAACUGUGGAAGGAAUUAAAACUGGAGGGAAGAAGAA